AUGGCCGGAGGAGGAGACGACUCCUCAGAGGAGUUCGUGGAGGACGAUUCUGCUUGUGGGGAGGAGGAGGAGGAAGACGGGGAUUCGUCGGCGUCGUUUGAGUCAGAGGAAGACGAGGACGAUGACGACGAUGGGGCCACCGGAGACGACAGCGAUGUUUUCGAAACCCCAAUCAAGGCGAGGAAACGCGCUAGAACGCCUUCCCAGCAACCGGCUACUGCCGCCACCGCCGCACCGUCGUCCUCCUCCGUUGGAGGAAGUACCGGCGCCAAUGGUGGCACGGCGGCCGGAAAAAAAGGACCAGCAGGAGCGGGAGCAUCUGGAAGCGCCCCAAAGACCCCCAAGGCGGCUGUCUCCGACUACAUGCUGCAGUCGAACCGUCCCUACAGCUACAUCAACGUGUUCGACAAUCUCCGCAAGAAGAUCCCCAAGGCGAUGGUGCAGAAGCUGCUGGACGAGUUGGUGCGAGAUGGAACGCUCAAGCUGCAGGAGUAUGGAAAGGCCAGGAUUUACUACGCUAACCAGGAUGCCCUGCCGAACGGGGCUGGCGACGCCUCUGCUGACAAGAUGCGAACACUGGACCAAGAAGCCAAGACCCUCACCUCGCAGCUCGAGAUUGUGUCCAAGCAGGAGCAACAAACUAGGGCGAGGGCCAGUUCCCUUUCCUGCCAGCCUACCGAUGAUGAACUGACAAAGAAGUUGGCCAACUGCGCACAAGAGCUGGAGCAGGCGGAGGCGAGAAAUGGCGCUGCGAAGGGGCAGGGCCGGAGCGUGGCGGCGGGGGGGAUGAAGACCGCGAAGCAAAGCUUCAACAAGUUCCGUGCGCUGUGGGUGACCCGCAAGCGCAACGCAAUGGACGUGGUGGACAUGAUCGCGGACGGCAUGGAGAAGAAGCCGAAGGUCGUCAUGGAGAUGCUGGGAGUGGAGCCGGACGAGGACCCUAUUCCCCCGAAGAUGUAGUCACACCCAAUCGGAAGCCCCGCCGCAUGAAGCGUUUUUUCGUCUGUGCCGGGAAAUCUAAUUGGAACGAAAACGUGUCAACCCGAACCUUGAAAGUUGACUGUACUUUAUCAGAAAGCCUGUGUGCUUGAGAUGUAUGCUGUCGGUGUUAGGUGUUUAUUCUACCCGAGGUAUUUCUACGUCGCCAAGAUCGCAUUUGAGGCGACCAGAUUUCCAGCCCA